CCUUGUACUUCGGAAACCCUCCGAAAAGCCGUGAACCUCAUUCUUCACUCGUUCCUCACCCUCUUAAUUUUCUUUUAAUUUAUUGUCCGGCAAGGUCUUUUAGGGUUCCGGCAAAGGAUGGGAUCGGCGUUGUUACCAGAUCUUGGAACGCAAAUAGUUAUUCCAGUUUGCGCCGUCAUUGGAAUCGUGUUCUCUUCAUUCCAAUGGUACCUUGUCUCGCGCGUGAAAGUCUCGUCGGAACAUGGAGCCACUUCUCCGAGCAGCAACAAAAACAACAAGAAUGGAUACGGUGACUGUUUGAUUGAAGAAGAAGAAGGAAUCAAUGACCACAACGUUGUUGCUAAGUGCGCCGACAUACAGAAUGCCAUAUCUGAAGGGGCAACAUCAUUCCUUUUCACUGAAUAUCAGUAUGUGGGUAUCUUCAUGAUUGCUUUUGCAAUCCUGAUCUUCCUUUUCCUGGGAUCCGUUGAAGGCUUCAGCACUAGUAGCCAGCCAUGUACUUACAACAAGGAGAAGAGGUGCAAGCCAGCCCUUGCAACUGCCAUCUUCAGCACUGUAUCCUUCUUGCUUGGUGCUAUCACUUCCGUUAUUUCUGGUUUCCUUGGGAUGAAAAUUGCAACAUAUGCGAAUGCAAGAACAACUUUGGAAGCAAGAAAAGGUGUUGGGAAAGCUUUUAUUGUAGCAUUCAGGUCUGGUGCAGUGAUGGGUUUUCUCCUUGCUGCCAAUGGCCUUCUGGUUCUUUACAUUGCAAUUAAUCUCUUCAAGCUAUACUAUGGUGAUGACUGGGAGGGUCUUUUUGAGGCAAUUACUGGCUAUGGGCUUGGCGGAUCCUCAAUGGCCCUUUUUGGUAGGGUUGGUGGUGGUAUUUACACCAAAGCUGCUGAUGUUGGUGCUGAUCUUGUUGGUAAGGUUGAAAGGAACAUUCCAGAAGAUGAUCCUAGAAAUCCUGCUGUGAUCGCUGACAAUGUUGGGGAUAACGUUGGGGACAUUGCUGGAAUGGGAUCUGAUCUUUUUGGUUCAUAUGCUGAAUCAUCUUGUGCUGCUCUUGUGGUGGCUUCCAUCUCGUCUUUUGGAAUUGAUCAUGAUUUCACUGCAAUGUGUUAUCCCUUGCUUAUAAGCUCUAUGGGAAUCCUUGUUUGUUUGAUAACCACCCUUUUUGCUACCGACUUUUUUGAAAUUAAGGCUGUCAAGGAAAUUGAACCAGCAUUGAAGAACCAGCUUAUUAUCUCAACUGCUAUCAUGACAGUUGGAAUUGCAAUUGUUACAUGGACUUGCCUCCCAUCUUCCUUCACCAUCUUUAAUUUUGGCACUCAGAAGGUUGUUAAGAACUGGCAACUCUUUUUAUGUGUGGCUGUUGGUCUUUGGGCUGGACUUAUAAUUGGAUUUGUCACUGAGUACUACACUAGCAAUGCUUACAGCCCCGUCCAAGAUGUAGCCGACUCCUGCAGGACUGGAGCCGCAACGAAUGUUAUUUUUGGCCUAGCUCUUGGAUACAAAUCUGUCAUCAUUCCUAUCUUUGCCAUUGCGAUAGCUAUCUUUGUCAGUUUUACUUUUGCUGCCAUGUACGGUAUUGCAGUUGCUGCUCUUGGAAUGCUGAGCACCAUUGCAACUGGACUGGCCAUUGAUGCAUAUGGACCUAUCAGUGAUAAUGCUGGUGGCAUUGCUGAGAUGGCUGGCAUGAGCCACCGGAUCCGUGAAAGAACUGAUGCCCUUGAUGCAGCUGGAAACACCACUGCUGCAAUUGGAAAGGGCUUCGCCAUUGGAUCCGCUGCACUUGUGUCCCUGGCUCUCUUUGGUGCUUUUGUGAGUCGGGCUGGAAUUUCAACAGUUGAUGUCUUGACCCCUCAGGUGUUUAUUGGUUUGAUUGUUGGAGCCAUGCUUCCCUACUGGUUCUCUGCCAUGACCAUGAAGAGUGUGGGUAGUGCUGCUCUGAAGAUGGUUGAGGAAGUUCGCAGACAGUUUAACACCAUUCCUGGUCUCAUGGAAGGUCUUGCCAAGCCUGAUUAUGCCACUUGUGUUAAGAUCUCAACUGAUGCGUCUAUCAAGGAAAUGAUUCCACCUGGUGCCCUAGUCAUGCUUACUCCCCUCAUAGUUGGUAUUUUCUUUGGAGUGGAGACACUUUCUGGUGUCCUUGCUGGUGCUUUGGUUUCAGGUGUACAGAUAGCAAUAUCUGCAUCAAAUACUGGAGGUGCAUGGGACAAUGCCAAGAAGUAUAUUGAGGCUGGUGCUUCAGAGCAUGCAAGGACUCUUGGCCCAAAGGGUUCCGAACCUCACAAGGCUGCUGUUAUUGGUGACACAAUUGGUGACCCCCUAAAGGACACUUCAGGCCCAUCACUCAACAUUUUGAUCAAGCUUAUGGCAGUUGAGUCGCUCGUAUUUGCUCCAUUCUUUGCCACUCAUGGUGGUAUACUUUUCAAGAUCUUUUAGGGCAGGUUGGAGGCGUUGCGUAGACUUGUGGCAUAUCUUUCAGUCAACAUCCUUCUCAAAUAUCCCCAAGCACGGGAUUUUUAAAUUAGUUGCUAGUCAGAAGUGGAAUUUUGGUGACUGAUGAUGAUGAUAAUUGUCACUGUAAGGAGGAUAGAGGAAAAUUGUCAGUCUUGUGGUACAAUAGACCUAAGCUAGUGUAUCAACUUUCUUCAUACUUCAUAGACACUAGUUUCCAAUUUUGUCUGUAUUGUCAUUAUCCACGUCUAAGAUAAUGGACCUAUGUUUUCAGCUUCUUUUUUUUCACGUCUUAAAGAAAGUAGGUUGUCGUUUCAUCAUCA